AAAAUGAUUCGUUCAUUCUUCACAGCUAGCAUGUAAUAAAAUAGGAAUUGCCUGAAUUCAUUAUUUUAACUGGUGUUAUUGCUUUUAAUUUUAUCAAAAAUGAAUUCAGUGCUAAAUCCGGAGGCUCCAGAGUUUUAUCCUCAUUUGACUUCAGUCACACAGGGUGGUUACACAAAAGUAAAUAAGUCAAUAAGAUCUUCGAAUCAGUUGCCUGCUGGAGCCUCACACGACCUCUUCAAGACGUUCACUGAUUUCAAUGUGGUGACGUGUCAGCUAGGUGAACAUGUUAUUUUACAGUCUAAUCAAAUAUUGGCCACCGAGUUGCCAGCUGUGAAGUUGAAAUGCUUUGAUAACGAAAACAAUAUGGAGAAGAUAGUGGACGCGAACGAUAGUUUAUUGGACCGUGUGAACGUAAACAUAGACGUGGUGAAUGGCGUGAACAGGCCGAGCGAGCGGUUCCUGGACGGCCUGCGGCCCCAGGUGGCCUCCUGGAACCACGCCCCGGUCAUAGCUAAAAUACAGGUUGGCUCAACAAUGUUCAUAGGCGCCAAAAACAUUCCGCGGCCGCAGCUGUGCUUCAAAGACGCCAUCGACAACUCGGACAGUCUGUGGGUGCCGCGUAUAUCCGACAAACCGAACAACAUCAAACCUCUCGCUCUCACCAUACUCUACAACGACGAGGGGACUGCGAUCGGGUACGAGCAUCCAUAUAAAGUGGAGCUGGAAUUGUAUCGGCCGCCCAAUCGGUUCCUGGACCCGUGUCCGGAGCCGCCGUUCCCACCGCCCCCUGACGACACGCCCCUCACCAUGGUGGACACGGAGCCGGCCCUCGACCGGCUAAUCGCACAUCUCGCCACAGUCGACGAACUAGCAGUCGAUCUCGAACAUCACUCCUAUAGGACAUACCAGGGUAUCACGUGCCUGAUUCAGAUCACGACAGACGAGGGCGGCGACUUCAUAUUGGACGCGCUCGCCAUCAGGGAACACCUCCACAAACUUAAUCAAAUCUUCACCGACCCUAAGAAAUUGAAGGUGUUCCACGGCGCUGAGCACGACGUGCUGUGGCUGCAGCGCGACUUCGGCGUGUACCUUGUGGGACUGUUCGACACCCACCAGGCGGCGCGCGCCCUCCGCCUGCCCUCGCUCUCGCUCAAACACCUGCUGAUGCAGUACUGCGGCGUCAACGCGGACAAGAAGUUCCAGUUGGCCGACUGGCGGAUGAGGCCGCUGCCCGCCGAGUUGAUAUCGUACGCGCGCAGCGACACGCACUACUUGUUGUACGUCGGCCGCCGGCUCAGGGGCGAACUGUGUGCACUCGGCACUAGACAUCUACUCGCCGUAUUCGAACAGAGCAGACACGUGUGCCUGCGGACUUACAACAAGGAAGUGAUCCGCGACGACAGUCAUAUGCCGUUGUACAUGCGCUCCAAGAAGUCGUUCAACAGUCAACAGAUGGCAGCACUCAAGUUGUUAUACAAGUGGCGGGACCAACACGCGCGUGAACUAGACGAGAGCCCCACGUACCUGCUGCCUAACCACAUGUUGCUAUCACUGGCGGAGGCUUUGCCCCGCGACGUGCAAGGCGUCGCCGCGUGCUGCAGCCCCACACCGCCCUUCGUCAAGCAGCAGUUGGUCACUGUGCACAGGAUGCUACUGUCGUGUCGCGAGCUGCCGCUGGAGCCGCAGCUGUACCAGAUGCCGAGCAGCAUCAGCUCGCUGGCGCACGCGCCGCAGCCGACCGCGCACCUGCACGACCUCACGCAUCUACCAGACAUGGGUUGCGAGAUAGAGUUGGAGAGAUGGUCGGAUGCGACGUGUUCGCCGCCCCCGUUCCUGGCGGACGUGCCCGUGUUUAUGGAGCCGCUGAUACCCGCCGUACCGCUCGUGUCCGAUCUGAAUGCAGAAGCGAAAAUGUUCAUUCCACCCUUCGACAGAUAUAGAAAAUAUCGUGCGCUGGCGCAGAUCGAGGAAAUCAGAGAAUACAAAGACAAAGAAGCGAAAAUUGCGGCGUUAGGCAGAGGCGACGAGCUGAUUAAGACAGAGGUGCUGUUGAAACUGCAACAGGCGAAGACGAAAAUAGAGAACGAAAAGAAGGAAGUGAUAGUGAUCGAGGAGGAGCCUGUGAGCGAGAAGAAGGCGCAGAGGAAGAGGAAGAUGUCGGGGGAGAAGCCGCCCCCCGCCCGCCCGCGCUCCCCCAACAAUAUAUAUAAGAACGUAAACUACAGGAAGUUCUACGACGACGCGGAGAAGGCGCGCCGCCAACCGAAGAUGAAGUUUAAGAAACAUAAAUAGUUUAUAUUUUUAAGCGAAACUUAAUAUACAAAUAUAUUAUUUGCCCAU